AUGGAGAUGAGCCCGUUUUCCGAGCCAAUGAUGAGAAAAUCUAGCGACGAGUCCUCACAUUUGAUCAAUUGGUCGUCGUUGACAAGUUUUUUGGAGCUAUGGGAGGACCAUGAGCUUUCCGCUGCUGGAAUCGAACAGAUUGACAUGGCCCUGUGUGGAUAUCACCGCAAACACUUUCCCGUCAGGUCGCCAACAAAGACAUUCAAUUUCCUGGUCUUCGUCAAGUUCUAUGUUCCACACCCGCUGGUUACCCAAUCUGUAGAUCCAAAGGGCGUUUUCGCUCAGUUGGAACGAGAUCAGAUCCAUGGUGGGACACCAGCCAAAAUUCUUGCUGGAGCCAAUGGCAAAGGGCAGCUGGUGACUGGAGAUCACGCUUAUAUCCAUUUGGGCUGA